UUGCUGUUCCCGGCUCCUGUUCCUGGUUCUCGUCCCGCUGCGCUGCCCGCGGGGGAUGAAGUGCCCCCGGCGCGGGACAGGCGGGCCGCGCCCGAACGUCUAAGCGCCCGCAGCCGCUCCGUGCAGGAGCUCCCUCCUUGCUACCAUGGAGCAGCCGUACGGCGGGCAGGCCCUGGCCGGCGGCGGCGCGCUGGGGCCCGUGGAUGUGCCCAGCGCCCGGCUGACGCGGUACAUCGUGCUGCUGUGCUUCACCAAGGUUUUGAAAGCCGUGGGCCUCUUUGAAUCCUAUGAUAUCCUGAAAGCGGUCCACCUCGUACAGUUCAUCUUCGUAGUGCAGCUGGGGUCUGCAUUUUUUAUGGUUUUGUUUCAAAAACCAUUUUCAUCUGGAAAAGCGGUGACCAAGCGUCAGUGGGUCAGAAUUUUUAAGCAUGCUGUUGUCGGAUGUAUCAUUUCACUCUUGUGGUUUUUUGGCCUCACUCUUUGUGGACCACUGAGGACAUUGUUGCUGUUUGAGCACAGUGAUUUGGUUGUGCUGUCACUCUUUAGUGUCUUGUUCACAAGCUCAGGUGGAGGACCAGCAAAGACAAGAGGUGCUGCAUUUUUCAUCAUAGCUGUCAUCUGCUUACUGCUUUUUGAUAAUGAUGACCUCAUGGCUAAAAUAGCAGAACAUCCUGAGGGGCAUCAUGACAGUGCUCUUACCCAUGUUCUCUAUACAAUCAUUGCUUUCCUGGGUGUUGCAGAUCACAAGGGCGGAGUACUGCUUCUGGUACUGGCAUUGUGCUGUAAGGUUGGUUUUCACAUGGCUUCCCGAAAACUGUCUGUAGACGUAGGUGGAGCCAAGCGUCUUCAAGCUUUGUCUCAUCUAGUUUCUGUCCUUCUGUUAUGCCCAUGGGUCAUUAUCCUGUCUUUGACGACAGAGAGUAAAGUAGAGUCUUGGUCUUCUCUCAUCAUGCCUUUCAUAACAGUCAUCUUUUUUGUUGUGAUCCUGGAUUUCUACGUGGAGUCCAUAUGUUCUGUGAAGAUGGAAGGUUCCACAUGUGCUCGAUACGGAUCCUUUCUUACUUUCAUUAGUGCAUUGCUUUUUGGAAACUUUUGGACACAUCCAAUAACAGACCAGCUUCGAGCUAUGAACAAGCCACCACACCAUGAAAGCACAGAGCAUGUUCUUUCUGGAGGGGUGGUAGUGAGUGCUGUCUUCUUCAUUUUAUCUGCCAAUAUCCUGUCCUCCCCCUCCAGGAAGGGGCAGAAGGGUACCCUUAUUGGCUAUUCCCCUGAAGGCACUCCUCUCUAUAACUUCAUGGGCGAUGCAUUACAGCAGAGCUCUCAGUCAUUGCCCCGGUUUAUUAAGGAGUCACUGAAACAAAUUCUCGAGGAGUAUGAUUCUAGGCAGAUCUUCUAUUUCUUGUGCCUAAAUCUGGCUUUCACUUUUGUGGAGCUUUUUUAUGGAGUAUGGACCAAUAGCCUUGGCCUUAUUUCUGAUGGAUUUCAUAUGCUUUUUGAUUGUUCUGCAUUAGUGAUGGGGCUUUUUGCAGCUCUGAUGACAAGAUGGAAAGCAACUCGCAUAUUUUCCUAUGGGUAUGGACGUGUAGAAAUUCUCUCUGGAUUUAUUAAUGGCCUCUUUCUGAUGGUGAUUGCUUUCUUUGUCUUCAUGGAAUCGGUGACCAGACUGGUGGAUCCUCCAGACAUAGAUACAAACAUGCUAACUCCAGUCUCUGUCGGAGGGCUGAUCGUAAACCUUGUUGGUAUCUGUGCCUUUAGCCACGCGCACUCCCAUGGAGCCUCUCGGGGAGGCUGUCACUCCCAUGAUCACAGCCAUUCUCACCACGGGCACAGUCACAGCCAUGGGCACAGCCAUUCCCAUAGUGAUCAUGGGCACAGCCAUGGACAUUCCCAUGGGUCUUCUGGAGGAGGCAUGAAUACCAACAUGAGAGGUGUAUUUCUGCAUGUGUUAGCAGACACUCUUGGCAGUGUUGGUGUUAUUGUAUCCACGAUAUUUAUUCAGCAAUUUGGAUGGCUCAUAGCUGAUCCACUCUGCUCUCUCUUUAUUGCUACAUUGAUUUUUCUUAGUGUUAUCCCACUAUUGAAAGAUGCCUGUCAAGUGCUUUUGUUGAGGAUACCUCCGGAACAGGAGAAAGAUCUGCAUGCUGCUUUAGAAAAGAUUCAAAAAAUAGAGGGAGUCAUAUCCUACAGAGAUCCUCAUUUUUGGUGUCACUCUGCGAGUGUUGUGGCAGGCACAAUACAUGUCCAAGUGGUAUCGGAUGUGAUGGAACAGAGAAUUGUACAGCAGGUCACAGCAAUUCUGAAAGAUGCUGGUGUAAACAACUUAACUGUCCAAGUGGAGAAGGAGGCUUAUUUUCAACACAUGUCCGGACUCAGUACAGGAUUUCAGGAUGUUCUUGCAAUGACUCAACAACUAGAAUCCAUGAAAUACUACAAAGAUGGUACUUACAUCAUGUGAUAUAAAGUUGUGUUCACCACAGGAGGUGUAAAUGGUGAAGCUGUUAGGUUCCAUAUUUGUAUUUUUGCCAGGAGAUCUUGAACAUAUAUGUACAGGAACAAAUGUACUAUAUAUUUGAAUUUUUUUAAGGAUACUGUCUUUCUUAAUUGGAUCAAAAUGCUUUUAUAAAGGAAAUAAGGACUUGAAUAUUUGCUGUAUGUAUGAAAAUAAUUGAAAUCUUAAAUACUGUACUUGGAAUUUAUUAAACAGAAGUCUUACAACUUCUAGAUGAGCACGGAUAUAUUCCAUACUUUCUCUUUAAUGUGGAACAUUGGUAUUGUAUUUUGUUAGCAAUGGGAAAUGGAAAUAGUUUAUAUCAGAAGGCAAACAUGAUCAACUGGAGAAUAUUUUUCUUUUCUUCAAAGAUAGCUUGAAGACUUUGAAUGAAAAAAAAUACAUGUUUAUUGUGGGGAGUGAAAAUCAGGAAGCCAUUUGUUUUGCACACUGUGUUAUAUAAUAGAAGACUACAGGUUUUUUAUUAUGUCUCAGCAUACAAAUUUGAUUUCUAAACUUAAUGCACCAGAGCAAAUACAUGUUACCAUGUUA